UGUACUUCAAGUUCAGAACAAUUUUGUACUGAAUAAGAUGUGUUUCCAAACAAAUUCUCUUGUCGUUAUCCGGUCAACGUUUGUUCAUAGAAGUAGUAGAAUUCUUUGCACAAUUGAAAUCCAUUAUGAAAUGACGUUAGCAUUAUUAAGUUGCUGCAAUUUUAUCAUCAUUUGAACCAAGACAAUUACAUGAUCUGAUUUAAGUUUUUUUUCUUAUGGAUUUUCUUUUCACUUUCUCUUUUUAGGGGAUAGGAAGUGAAGCGUCAAUAGAGAUUAUUCAUAUAUUUGAUAAAGAAUUUUUUCUGAUCUCAUAAAGAUAUGAGUUUGAUUCGAUGUGGAUUGUGGAGUAAGAAAAAGGGGAAAAAAGAAUAGCAUACUCUUAACAUUAGACAAAUAAAGAAACAAAAUUUGAAUGACCAAAACCAUGAAUACAACAAACUCACAAGAAUUAGAAUAUUGAUUGCACCAAAGUCCAAAUGGGUGUUUGAAUCUGGAAACAUGUUCAUAGUUCACACAUGAAUCCUAUGAUUAUCACAAGGUUACUAAAAACCUUGGCUAAGGAAAAAGGUAAAUGUCAGGAGUUAAAUCCAAAGGGAAUUUGUAAUAACAGCAUAAGGUAUGUUUCAAACUCUUGUCUUUUCUUGUACUUGUAAGCAAAAUGGUUAUUUAUUUGUACCUAACUAUCUCUCUUUCUUUCUGUGCCUCGAUGACAUCGCUUUAAUGCUUGCACUUAUUUAUAGUUCUCCAGAGAAGGGUGGUGUUUGUUUUCUUCCCUUAUUUGUAUCAUUAUCAUUAUCAUUAUUAUUAUUUAUACCAUUUUUCUUUGAUUUUCCAUUUUCUAUCUUCCAUGGCUACACCUUUCAAUAUGCAGCAUCAACUGUUUCAUCACUUUUCAAGAAGCUCAUAUCUAACUGCAGAUCCUUCGGAUUAGAUAUCAGAAAGAAUUUAAUUGUCUAUUCCCUUCAACAUGCCAAGUUGAAGAAAGUAGAGGGCUCUUUGAAUAAUGGCCUGUUGGUUGGGUCCUUGUCUAGAUAUUACACAUCCUUAAGGGAAUUCUCAUCGCUCGCCAAAUCAGUUAAGACUCAUUUUUCUUGUAUUGAUCAAAGAAAUGAAGUAGAGGAGGUUACUGAUGUUCGAUCAAGUAGUACUGAGGGAGUGGAGUUUAAUAGAGUGGACUACAUUGUUUCGGUAUUGCAUGAAUCUGCUAGGAGCUUUUCUAAAGCUGUUGAGUCCCUUGGAGUCUCAAGAUGUGGUCCAGAACUCACAAUGGCUUGGAUUGGAAAAGAUGUUCAUGAGUGGCAUAGGCGAAUCGCUUACCAGGUUGCAGUUUAUGUUUUGAUGAAAACUGCAAUUGAUUUGGAGAUAUUGCUAUCACAUGAACGACACAACGAAUUUUCCCCUGUUAGAGAGAUUUUGAACCCUUUAACAAAUCAGGUGGGAGAACACAUUGAGCUUCAACUCGGAAUGCAGCAUCCGGAUUUGGUGCAUUGGUUUAGAGACACUGAAAUGCCACAGAUAGCAGCAUACUUUAUUCCUCUUCUGAAACAAUGGUCUGUGGAAUAUGCUGGAAGCGGCAUUGCAGGUAUAAUUGUGGCUAUAACCUGCUGUACUGCAGUGGUGAAAUUAGGCUGUGGCCGCAUCCGUUGCCCCAUACCUGUUUUGUGUUUUGAGGAUGUUUUGGUCAAGCUCAUGGAUUUUUCACUCAAUCUUGCUUCAGUGGACAAACUACACCAGUUAGCAACUGAGGCAGGAUUUGAACUGAAUUUCUUGUUGCAUUUUGGUAAGAAGAUUCUUCCAAGUGAAAAAACCGAGGAGCUUGAGUUUUGGAUUGGUUUGGCACAUAAGAAACUACAGAAAGCAUUCUCUGAAGAAAGCAUCAUGUCAAACAAGAAAAGUGAACACAAGAUUCCAUCAGAUACUUUGGCCAUACUGGGACUUUUUGCAUAUCUUGGAAGAAGGACUAGAAUAUUUCUGUCAGCAAUGGGAAUUAAGGAUCUUGAUGAAAUUGUUAAGGACUUACUUAGGUUGAUCUCUUUGCUCGUCCAUUUCAUUUUAGUCGUAUUGAUCUUCAAGAUAUCGAUACUAAUCAUUCAUUGCCUUUUCCCUCUAAGUUACUUGGAGUGUGGGAUUCUUUUCAUUUAUCCAGAUUUUUCCUGCAUACCAGUUUAUCAAUGCUUCAUGGAGGUAGUAACUGAUGAGAUAGGAUGGCUUGAUUUUUAUGCUUCCUAUGUCCAAAUAAACUGCAAACAGAAAAGACAAAAACACAAUGCUCGCCAAGCAGAGAAGGAGAUCAUUUUAUCUGUUGUUUUUACUGUGUGCUAUGAUGUUUUCUCUGGCUUUGCGCACUUCAAUCGCUCGACUCAACAAUCGUUGGACACAGCUUCACUGUCAUACUUGCUUCACUGUCAAGGAUUGCUAAGCAAUUGUCUGCAAGAUCAUUGGGCUGCUUAUGAUAAAUCAGGUGAUUCACUAAAUAUUAUGGACCAUGCUGCAUCUGACAAUCAUACAUCAUCAUACAUUGGAGGCAUAAAUGGAACUAAGUUAACUUUGGUGUUUGAAGGACAGCAUAGGUCACACGACUUAACUACCAAAGGAUUUCCAAAGAUUGAUUCUCACAACAGUUCUGGAUUCCCCAAGGCUCCAAUUUCGGCAACAAACAAGGAAUCAUCAUUCGGGCAAGUUUCCGUAAAUGACAAGUCAAGUCCUCUACAUCAAAGUGUUAUCAAGCGAUACAGCACCAAGUUGGCAUUGACAAGUGCGGACCUUUGGAUGGGUACAAGGUUGCUCUUCAUGGACAUCAAGGUUGCUUUGCAAUUACUUGCAAUGCAAGCACAUGGCUUCAAGGCUUCAAGAAGUCAAAGAAAGAGAUUAGAGAGAACCUUGACUGAUGUAAUAGUCUUAAUUCCAAUGACAAUCUUGAUGCUACUUCCUGUAACAACAGUAGGCCAUGCAGCUAUAAUAGCAGCCAUCAAGAAAUAUAUGCCAUUCUUGAUUCCUUCCUCUUAUUCUCCAGAGCGUUUGGAUGUUGUAAAACAACUAAAGCAAACUAGAGAGAUGAUGAGUAAGAGUAACCAGUCAUUGCAAAAUCAAGAAGAUCAGCCACCAACCAUUUCAUGAACAUGAUUCUUUCUCAACUCUCAAUACAAUUUACAUUUGGAGAAAGCAACUGUAUAUAGAUGACAGCAUUAUUAUUUUUAUAUACAAUGUGAAUGUGACAAACUUCCAUUAGGGUACUCAAUUGAAUGGAUCAAGAUCCUCUAAAGUGAGGAAGUUGGUAAAGUGAGAAGUUAAUUACUCUUAAAUUAAGAUAGUAGAACACAUAUUUUAUGAAAAUUAUAAAAUCAAUGGUGAUUAACCCUUCACUUUACCACUUUAUCAACUUUCUUACUUUAGAGGAUCCAAAUUCCAAUUGAAUAAGGCCCUAAGCCUGUUGGAUGUAAUGCACAUGCAGAUUUAUCCAAAUCAUUUAUUAAAAGAUGC